AUGGUGCCCGACAUCAUCGACCCGAUCCCGCUGGCGAAAUGCCGGAAAGAGGCAAGUGUAGUGCCGACGGUGGACCUGUCGGCGCCGGGCGCGGCGGCGGCCGUGGCGGACGCGUGCCGCGGCGUGGGCUUCUUCCGUGCGACCAACCACGGCGUGCCGGCCACCCUCGCCGACGCGCUGGAGGCCCUCGCCGCGGCCUUCUUCGCGCUGCCGCACGAUGAGAAGAUGGAGCACGCGUCGGCGCGGCCCUUCGGGUACGGUAGCAAGAGCAUCGGCUCCAACGGCGACGUCGGGUGGCUGGAGUACCUGCUCCUCUCCGUCGCCACCGGGUCGGGUUCCUCCACCCUGCCACCGCCGCUCCGGGCGGCGAUGGAGGAGUACACUUGUGCGGUGAGGGACGUGGGCGGGCGGGUGCUGGAGCUGAUGGCAGAGGGGCUGGGGCUGGACCGGGGUGCGCUUCGCCGGAUGGUGGCGGGGAAGGAUGGAGAGGAGAGCGGCGCCGGCGAGAUGGUGCGUGUGAACCACUACCCGGCGUGCCCUUUGGCGUCGGGAGUGACGGGGUUCGGGGAGCACACGGACCCGCAGAUCGUCUCCGUGCUCCGCUCCAAUCGUACCGGGGGCCUCCAGAUCAUGCUCCGCGACGGCCGUUGGGUCCCCGUGGCCCCCGACCCCGACUCCCUCUUCGUCAACGUCGGGGACUCGCUCCAGGUGCUCACGAACGGGCGGUUCCACAGCGUGAAGCACCGGGUGGCGGCGCCGGAGGCCGGGAAGCUGGCGAGGCUGUCGGUGAUCUACUUCGGCGGGCCGGCGGCGUCGCAGCGGAUAGCGCCGCUGCCGGAGUUGCUCAAGGAAGGGGAGGAGAGCCUGUACAAAGACUUCACCUGGGGCGAGUACAUGAAGGCCGCCUACAAGACUCGCCUCGGCGACAACCGCCUAAGCCCCUUCGAGCUCCACCACUGCAGCAGCAGCAAUGCCGUCCAGCCGCAGCCGCCUCCUCACGUAGCACCAGUUCACUAG